AUCCCUUUCUAAAUUCGAACAACCCCUGUCAGUAAAACUCUACAUUUACCAAAACAGAAAGCCCUCACUUUCCUAAAUUUCUCUGAUUUAUCAAUGGCCAGUUUUCUUUGGGUUUUCAUCUUCUUGGUUCUGGGGAUCACUUCUGAGGUUCUUUUCGCUCAAAAAAGUCGAAAAGAAUUGAGGGGCAAAGAGGUGAAUGGGGAUGGCAUUAUAAAGUUGGGCCAUCCUGUACGCUCUAAUAGAUUUGAUCCCUCACAAGUCGUUCAACUCUCGUGGCGACCAAGGGUUUUCUUCUAUAAAGACUUUCUGUCAGCAGAAGAGAGUGAUCACUUGAUCUCUUUGGCGCAUGGCAAGAGAAAUAGCUCCACAAGUGAUAAUGCUUCAGUGGAUGCAGAGAAGCUUCCAACCAGGGGUAUUCCUCUAGAUGCAGAGGAUCCUAUUUCCUCAAGGAUUGAAGAAAGGAUCUCAGCUUGGACCUUUCUGCCUAAAGGAAACAGCAGGCCGUUGCAUAUUUGGCACUCUAGGCGUGAGAAUUUAAAGGGGAAUUAUGGUUAUUUUGAUGUGGACGCCGCACUCAAGUCCAACGAACCAUUAAUGGCGACUGUCAUUUUGUAUCUAUCAAAUGUGACACAGGGUGGUCAGAUCCUCUUCCCUGAGUCAGGGAAUAAGAUCUUGUCCGACUGUAUAGAGAGCAGCGACAUCCUGAGACCAACUAAAGGAAAUGCAAUUUUGUUCUUCAAUGUCCACCUUGAUGCAUCUCCUGACAGGAUUAGCUCUCAUGCAAGAUGCCCUGUCAUUGAGGGUGAAAUGUGGUACACCAUCAAAUUCUUUUAUCUCAGAAGUAUUACUGUACAAAAGGAUCCACUUCAAUCAGAUGAUGACACCAGUUGUACAGAUGAAGAUGAUAACUGUGCUCGAUGGGCUGCUACCGGGGAGUGUGAAAGAAAUCCUGUUUUUAUGGUUGGUUCCACUGAUUAUUAUGGUACAUGUAGGAAAAGUUGUAAUGCAUGCUAAUUCUCCAUUUAAUGUUAUAUGUACUUUGACUGGUUUUUGUUUUUGACAAAAGCUUCUGAUUAUAUAGUCAAGAAUUACUCUC